AUGCAUUUGAAAAGUGUAACUUCAGUUGUGUUCUUUUUAUUUUUCUUCUUAGGCAAAGCGACUCUGUCAGAAUGCCAAGUGCCUGUUGUUAAUCGAAAUGAUAUCGAUAGUUUUUUGGUUAAAGGCGGUUGUUCAGAUGACCCAAAUGUGUGCCCAAGAUCAGCAACAUGUCAUUCGAAGACUGGUCUAUGCUUGUGCGAUAGUCGUAAACCAACAUAUCAAAAUCCGGAGAUCAUAACUGACGGUGCAAUUGGUCUCAAGCAUGGUGCCUCGUAUGGUUGCGUUAAUAACCGGUUUAUCGAUAGUUAUGGUUCUACGUUCUGUCCGUUCAGCCCGUUCCAAAGUAUACCUUACACUCACAACGACAAAGCUACGGAAUUCAGCUACUUGAACGAUGACCCAGACGUUGUAUUGAAGAGUUGUUCAUUCAAAAAAGCUUGGGCAAAGUUUCCAGGCAGCUCUGACGAAAAAGAGCAGCUGUGGUUGAACGAAUCAUUCGUUGACAUCAAAGUGUCAAGGAAAAGCUUGUGUUUCAAGUGGAGAAAAUCAGUCAAAGCUUUACAAGGCACGAUAAUCACAUUCAAUCUCAGAUGUGAUGUUGGUUCAAGUAUUUUGGAACUGAAUUGUUUGCGGGCAAAGGUCGUAGGGACAUGGAUCUCAGUGGAACCAUCAUGUACAAACGUCCCCUGGGAUAGUUCUUUCAACGUGGCUGGUUGGUCAAAAUGUAGUUCAGACAAGUCUUUCAUCAAAGAACUUUAUCGAAGUGCGUCGAGUGGAAGCGAUAAAAAAUCUAAUCUUAAAAGUGCACGUUGCUGUACUUCAAUACCAGUUCUGGACCUGAAGCGAAAAGCGUGUAAAUUUGUGGACUGGUCGACUUCUCUGAACAGAAAUAACCAGUGGAGUCUUAAUUGCCCAUCCGGUUACUUUUUGAACGGAUUACAUCGCACCAGUGGCCAAAAUUUAAGUAACAUCGAGAAAGCGUCUUGCUGUAGACCCGAAGGUCAUCCUGACGAGUGUGGAUUGUGUUAUGAUGAAGAUGUUACAACAUCAUUCAAUCAAGCAGGCUGGUCAGGGUGUUCGAAGGCUGAAGGAUAUUAUAUCACUGGAGUGUACCAUGAUGGUGGUGAAGACCAUCUUAACAACAUCGACAAAUUUCGAUGCUGCCAAAUGGCAAGAGACCGCAUUUCUGUACCGACAUUUACACCAACCGCCGAGCAAAAAGAAAGAAACGAAAACUUAUGUUCAAACGAUGAGUGUUCGGGUUUAAAGGCAAAAUUUGUCGCUGUACUGGCCGUCGCACUCUUUGUCAUUGUUGUUCUAGGGAUUCUUGUCGGAUUUCUGUGGAGGAAAUUCAAACUACAGAGAAAAGAGAACACUACAAUGAAAGAAAUGCAAAGUGCUCCAGAACAGGCAGAAGCAAACGUCCAAGUAUUGCAGGUAGAGUUAAACCCUGAGAUACAAAACAGUGGGGUUCAACAGUUGGUCAUCUCACCGUCAUCUGAACAGGGCUACUACAACCGAGGGCUGACAGAUCAAGAUGAUUAUGAAGUUCCGACAUUUUAUCAGCCGCUAAAAAUAGAUCCGAUUCGGGUUGCGCCUCACUACCAAUCUCUGCAAAAGAAUUAGACUCAAUUGGAAUAAAGAACUUCAUAUGUAUAACCUUUCUUUACAUUUGUUGUUAUCACAUCUCUUUUUCUUCAUCAGACAAUAAAUGAAACGAAGGCCGGGUUAACGGACCGGAAGUUUUGCAGUAUUAAAUACUUAGGUGCAUGGUGUACCUACAUAUACAAGCUAAAUUACUUAUUGAUGUCACCAUGCAAACAUACAAGAAUAUUAUUAAAAUAACCAGAAUAAGCAAAAGCAGCGUUUUCAAAUAACUUCUCAUCAUUCAC